ACCGCAUUGCAAAAAUAAAUUAUUUUUAAAUAUACACAUGAGUGUUUGUAUUUUGUUUCUAUAAAAAAGGUUGUGGCGUAAAAUUUCGAGGCUAUAUUUACAAAAUGUUUUAUCGCAUCGAAUGGAAAACUACGGAUGGAAGGAUCGCGACGAAAACCGUUGGAGCGCGUGAAUUGUUUUUGCGUGAUGCCAAAGCCGAAAACGGAUUGACGCAAUGUACUGACGAUUUUUUGAAGAAAUAUCUAAGAGAUCCAAAGGCCCUCGUAUCGUUGCGUAUUCUGGAUGAAGCUGACAAUAAAGAAAACUACAGACAAAUCCGUGUUAUCACCUAUGGAGAAACUGAACAGGAAUUGAAAUCGGUCGGUCUUGAUGACAUUGGUCGGGGGAAACGAUUGAUGUUUAAGAAAACCCAUAUAGAUACACCGGAAACACUGCAAGCGAGGGCAAUAAAUGUGAAAGGACCUUGCGUAAAAAUCAUGAGAAGCAAUGACAACGAGUCGAAUAAGCAGCGAUUGAAAGAUAAGGUGAGCUAUUGUUUUUUGUCAUAAGUUUUAAUCCCAAAGUUUUUGCCCGGACAAUAGGUUUUGAUCCUUUUUCGUUGUAAUU